AUGACGAGCGCCUUCGGAUGCCAUCCGCUCAAGACUCGUGCCACCUUUUUGUCAGCCUGGGUGGUACCUAACAUAUACGCCUACCUCAAGAUUCUCUACGAGGCUGAGGUCCUCAACGUCACCCACAUUGACCGCAAACGUGCCUUGAUGUGA